UCUUAAAAAGGAGGAACAGAAGGAUGCUCCUCGCAGCUCGUGCGCGCAGACACGCACAGACUUGCGCCUCUCCCCGCCUGCACCAUUUCCCCUCCUAAGCCCACUCCUUCAUUUCCGCAGUGGCACCACGGCUUUGUUGACUCACACGUCCGUGCGUGGCUGCUGAAGGUGCAGCGAUGUGAAGAGAUGAGGCACGGGGAAUAAAGAGCUCGACUGGCAGGAUUCAUGGGAACAACAUAAGGCUGCGUCUGUGACAAACUAGUGCAAGGGAAAGUCUGGGAAGGUCCCAGGUGAAGAUGCCAAUCUGGAGAAGAAACCAUCAAGUUGAGAAGGAACGCCAUGUAAAAGCAAACGCUCGAGAAUACAACGACAAGUUCCGCUAUGCUGACAAUCGCAUCAAAACAUCUAAGUACAACAUCUUUACCUUCCUGCCUGUCAACUUGUUUGAGCAGUUCCAGAGGGUGGCAAAUGCUUACUUUGUAGUUCUAUUGAUACUGCAGUUAAUUCCAGAAAUCUCCUCCCUGUCUUGGUUCACAACCAUCGUGCCUUUGGUUUUGGUGCUGGCAAUUACAGCCAUCAAAGAUGCUACUGAUGAUUUUUUUAGACACAAGAGCGACCAGCAAGUCAAUAACCGACAGUCUCAGGUUCUCAUCAGGGGAAGUUUACAGAGUGAGAAAUGGAUGAAUGUUCGAGUCGGUGACAUCGUCAAGCUGGAGAAUAAUCAGUUUGUUGCUGCAGACAUCCUUCUGUUGUGUAGCAGUGAGCCUUAUGGUCUGUGUUACAUUGAAACCGCAGAGCUGGAUGGCGAGACAAAUCUUAAAGUCCGCCAGGCUUUGAGUGUCACCUCAGAUCUGGGAGAUGUUUCAAAACUGAUGGACUUUGAUGGAGAAGUCAUCUGUGAGCCACCAAACAACAAGCUGGAUAAGUUUACUGGGACUUUAUUAUGGAAAGACAGUAAAUACUCUCUGGAUAAUGAAAAAAUGCUCCUGCGAGGCUGUGUUCUCAGAAACACCGAAUGGUGCUUUGGAAUGGUCAUCUUUGCUGGGCUGCAAACCAAACUGAUGCAGAACUGUGGAAAAACUAAAUUUAAGAGGACCAGCAUUGACAAGCUAAUGAACACUCUGGUUUUAUGGAUCUUUGCGUUCCUCACAUGUAUGGGAGUUGUUUUGGCUAUUGGAAACACAAUUUGGGAGACUUGGAUUGGCAGAAAGUUUGAGGUGUUUUUGCCCUGGGAGCAGUUUAAGAACAGUGCUGUCUUCUCUGGCUUCCUCACCUUUUGGUCCUACAUCAUCAUCCUCAACACUGUGGUGCCCAUCUCUCUGUAUGUCAGUGUGGAGGUCCUACGACUCGGUCACAGCUUCUUCAUCAACUGGGACCAGAAGAUCUACCACGAUCAGACGGACACCUCCGCUGAAGCGCGAACCACCACCCUAACCGAGGAGCUUGGGCAGGUGGAGUUCAUCUUCUCCGAUAAGACCGGCACGCUCACGCAAAACAUCAUGGUGUUCCGCAAGUGCUCCAUUAAUGGACAGACCUACGGAGACGCCUAUGAUGAAUUUAACCACAGGGUGGAAAUUACAGAGAAAACAGCCUGUGUGGACUUUUCCUUCAACCCUCUCUGUGACAAAGGGUUCAGGUUUUACGACAGCAGUCUGGUUGAAGCCGUCAAACAGGAGGAUCCUGCUGUCCAAGAGUUCUUCAGACUGCUGGCUUUGUGUCACACCGUCAUGCCCGAGGAGAAGAGUGAAGGGAACCUGGUGUACCAGGCCCAGUCGCCUGACGAGGGAGCGCUGGUGACUGCAGCAAGGAACUUUGGAUUUAUCUUCCGGGCUCGAACCCCGGAAACCAUCACGCUGUGCGAGAUGGGACGGUCCACCACCUACCAGCUGCUGGCCAUUCUGGACUUCAACAACGUGCGCAAGAGAAUGAGUGUCAUUGUGAGAAACCCUGAAGGAAAAAUCAAACUCUACUGCAAAGGAGCCGACACCAUCAUCUAUGAGCGUCUCAAUCCAUCCAACGAAGAAAUAAUGUAUACGACCUCAGAACACCUCAGUGAGUUUGCUGGAGAAGGGCUUCGAACUCUAGCUUUGGCCUACAAAGACAUAGAUGAAGACUAUUAUGAGGUCUGGAUGAAGAAGCUUCACUAUGCCAGCACUGUGAUUGAGAACCGUGAUGAGCAGCUCGCCGUUCUCUAUGAGGAGAUGGAGCGGGAGAUGAAGGUAAAGCUGGCAUCCUGUUGUCUGCAUCCUUGUAUCGGUUGGUCUGGUUUAGCUGCUGCAGACAGUCUGUCCGCUGAUCUGUUGAAGCUUCUAGGCGCCACAGCAGUUGAGGACAAGCUUCAGGAUGGAGUUCCAGAGACGAUUGCAUGUCUGAAUCUAGCCGAUAUCAAGAUCUGGGUUCUAACGGGGGACAAGCUGGAAACUGCCAUGAAUAUCGGCUACUCCUGCAACAUGCUGCGAGACGACAUGAAUGAGGUGUUUAUUAUCUCAGGACACACACUGCUGGAGGUGAAGCAGCAGCUCAGAAGUGCUAAGGAGCAGAUCCUCGGUCUGAGCCGGGUGAGCAGCUCGGGAGAUGUGGAGAAGGCUGACAUGUUUGGAGAGGAUUCUGUAUUUGAAGAAACUAUUAUUGCAGAAUAUGCCUUAGUCAUCAAUGGACAUAGUCUGGCCCUCGCUCUGGAGCCCCAGCUGGAGCACAUGUUGUUGGAUCUGGCUUGUUUGUGUAAAACGGUUAUCUGCUGUCGGGUCACCCCCCUGCAGAAAGCUCAGGUGGUGGAGCUGGUUAAGAGGCACAAGAGGGCCGUCACCCUGGCUGUAGGAGACGGAGCCAAUGAUGUGAGCAUGAUUAAGACUGCUCACAUCGGCGUUGGCAUCAGCGGACAGGAGGGGAUGCAGGCCGUUCUGGCGUCGGAUUACUCCUUCGCUCAGUUCCAGUACCUGCGGAGGCUGCUGCUGGUUCACGGACGCUGGUCCUACUUCAGGAUGUGUAACUUUUUAGGCUAUUUCUUCUACAAAAACUUUGCCUUUACCCUGGUUCACUUCUGGUACGGCUUCUUCUGUGGUUUCUCAGCGCAGGCCGUGUACGACCAGUGGUUUAUCACCUUAUUCAAUAUUAUUUAUACUUCCUUACCAGUACUGGCAAUGGGACUUUUUGAUCAGGACGUCAACGACCAGAACAGCCUUCGCUACCCAAGCCUUUACAAACCCGGCCAGCAGAACCUCCUCUUCAACAAACGGCAGUUUUUCCUCUGCACGCUGCAGGGGGUGACUACAUCCUUCCUGCUCUUCUUCAUUCCCUACGGAGCCUUCUCUGCUGUGGUAAAAGAAGAUGGGUCCAACUUCUCAGAUCAGCAAACAUUUGCUGUCACCAUAGCGACCACAUUGGUUAUCGUUGUAAGUGUUCAGAUUGGACUCGACACCCACUACUGGACAGCUGUCAAUCAUCUCUUUGUUUGGGGGAGUUUGAUUGUGUAUUUUGCCAUUUUGUUUUCAAUGCAAAGUUAUGGCUUAUUUGGGCUUUUUCCAAAUAAUUUCCCAUUUAUUGGCGCAGCCUAUAACUGUCUUUCAGAGAAGGGGGUGUGGUUGGUGAUCCUCCUCACCACCACAGUGUGUGUUGUGCCCGGUUUAGUAGUUAGCUUUCUGAAAGUGGACCUCUUCUCAACUUUAACAGAUAAGGUUCGCUAUUUACAGCAGUCCAGGAAGAGGCACGGCCCGCAGGAGCAGAGCCUGAGGAGAGUCCGCAGGACAAGCUCCAGGCGCUCCGGCUAUGCCUUCUCCCACCAGCAGGGCUACGGAGAGCUGAUCACCUCUGGCAAAAACAUGAGAAGGAGCACAGUCUCGUCUGCUUGCUCCCUGGAAAAAACAACAAAUGGCUCCAACUGGAUAGGAAAUGUGCUAAAGAGAAAGAAUGAAGUUUCCUGCAGCUCCCAGGAAUUCAUAGCUGCACCAGAAGGCAACUCCAGUGCCACAAAGACUCCAAGGCAACAGCAAACAGACUGAACUCUUAAAGUUAAUCAGUCAGAAUAGAAUCCCAUAUUUAUGGAUCUGAUAGACCCAAGCACAAGCUACGAGUGUCCUUCAUUUGAGUAACAAUAGACUCAAAUCGUCAACACAAAUGUACCUCAUUUUAUAUCAGUAUGAACUGUGAAUGUUAUAUCUGAGGGAUCCAGUCCUAGUGUCUGCAUACAAAAACAAACUAUUUUUUAUCUGUUCCACACAGAAGAAAUCAAAAAUAAUUUCAGAAAGCACAAAGUAUUGCGUUUAAUACUAUGGGGUGCCAUUUGUAAAGUGAAACAGUCAUAACUUAACGGCAGUAUUUUGGAUUAUUUAGCCUGUCAUAAGAAAAAUAAAUGGGAGUUAAUUUUUCA